AUGGAGGUGUGGGUCUUCACCCUGCUUCAGGGAAAGCCAAACCAGACUGGAGGCAUGCCUCUCAAAAAUAAUUACCAAGAAGCAGUGGUUGUCUUGAUUAUUGAAACACAGUGCAAAAAUGAUACUGAAGCUCUAACGCACAUAGCGUACAAUAAAUUAAUUAAAAGGAGGAUCAUUGCUAAGAGGGAAAAUAAGUGUAACGUGGAUGAAUACAAGUUAGGUGUUAAGUGUUGCAAGAAAUGUGAACGUGGUUUUUUUAAAAAUACUGACUGCCCAACAGAUAUCAGCAAACACUGUGUUCCAUGUGAAAAUGGGAAGGACUACAUAGAUCAUGUCAAUGAUUUGGACAAGUGUUUGAGAUGCUACUCAUGUGACCAUGUAUUUGGUUUGGAGGUUGCAAAGAACUGUACCCCAACACAGAACACGGAAUGCACCUGUGCAAAGAACCAUUUUUGCAAUUCUUCUGUACCAUGUAGGCACUGUGAGCCAUGUGCCAUAUGUGAAAAUGGCGUAAUUGAAAAACAAUGCACUUCAACUUCAGACACUGUGUGCAGAAUGAAAGAAACAGGACUGCCAUGGUGGGCCAUUGCUUUGAUUAGUUUGAUGUUAGUACUAUUGGCACUAACUGGACCAAUAUUCUGGUACAAGAGAAGACAGAAGGGUCUUACUAGCAAGGAGAACCUAGGUGAAGUAGUCCCAAAACCAGAGGUUUCUUAUGAGAACGUACCUCUCAUAUAUACAGAUGUUGACCUGAGCAGCCAUGUUGCUGGUAUUGUGGAGGAGAUGACACUCCAACAAGUCAAGACAUUUGUUCGUAAUCACAAAGUACCAGAACCUGUCAUAGAUCAAACUGUUCGGGAUUAUUUUACUGAUACAUCUGAACAGAAGAUUAAGCUGUUUCAAGUCUGGUACCAAAGACAUGGGAUAAAAGGAGCCUAUGGAACCCUAAUAAGCAGCCUGAGAGAGUUUAAACUGUGCACUGCAGCUGAUAAAAUUGAGGAAAAACUGAAGUCAGCUAUUUCCAGCUGUCAGGAAGGGGCACAGUCUGAUGACACUGAGCAAAGCAAAACCUGCACUCAGGAAAGUAGAAACUCUUACGACAAUAGUUCUGAGCUAAGUAAAACCUAUUCUGGUAGUUUGGAAGAGACAUAG